AGAGAAGUGAGUAAAUUAUGUGGCAGUGAGUGAUACUGGUUGAGUGAGGAGGAAGUCUCUCACUCUUACACACACACAUGCAGGUGAUCAGUCUAGCCACAGAGUGAAAAUACCACCGAGGAGCAGCAUGUCUAUAAACGGGUCAAAGUUAUUGUUCGAGGGCUUUCUGCAGAAAAGAAAAGAUACAAUGGUGAGUUGUGUUUCUGCAGCUUUCAUUUCAUUCAGUUUUGCAGUAAAAGAGUUUUUGGUUGAUUAAUUUUUUUAAUUCUUAGAAAAUCAGGUGGACGACUUAUUGGUUCAGGCUCCAAAACACGACCUUAUUCUUCUAUACGAAGGAAAACUGCAGUGCUGUGAGUGAACACUCCAAAGUUUCAUUCUCUGCUCUGAAACAGUCCGCUAAAGGAUGGUUUACAUAACUCUUAGAAGGUUAAAUCCAUGUUUUUUCUCUUUACAGUCACACCUAAGAGGAUAUUACUACAUCUACACAGUGAGUUCUCUACCUUUUAUUAUUUCUAAAGUAUGAAAAAUAUCUGAAUACCUGUGUGGACUGAGGUAACUGGACUCAAUUAUCCUAAAUCUGUAGUUUUUUCCUUCGACUCUUCUUCAUCUCUGAGGAAAUAGUUUAAUUUAUCAUAUUUUUUAGCUCCAAUCCUCCUUUAAUGCUUAUCACAGCCGGACCUGUUAGACUCAUACAAGAGGCAAGUUUAGUUAUGUAGGAAAUCCUAGGAGAAAUGGAAAUAAAGGACAUAAAAAAUGUGUAAAAAUUGACUUUUAAAAAUCAAUAAUACAGACCGUCAUCUCCCAAAGAGAAGAUGAGAUGAAAACAAAAGUUUAAACAUGAUUGGACAAGUUAAGAGUUGCAGCAAUUCUUUAUGUAAGUUAAGCUCUCACAAACAGACAGCAUAAACACUGUGAUCUGGAUUAAUGUUAUUUUUCACUUUUUUAUGUUACAUAUUUUUACCUGUAAUUGUUAAACCAUUAUUCAACAAUUAUUAACCAGACUCCCUCUUAAACUUUUAACCCAAGGACAUUUCCUGAUACACCAAGUUAUACCUACAAAUUACUUUUUAAAUUCACCACAGAGGACGUACAUGUACACAUCAGUCCCAAGUAUUCAUGGUUAUCUUAUCUGGUAACAUGUUUGACAUGAUUUUUAAUAAACUUAGACAACAUAUCAGUCAUAUCAGAUUGUGGGAAGAUGCAGAUGCUGAUAACUAGAAAUGCCCUAAAUGGUCUGUCUCUGGGUCAAAGGUUAAAGGUGUCCACAUAUGCUCAGGCAGGUUCUUGAAGUUUCUGAAAGCAGGUCACAGGUCUUCGCUGUUGUUUGGUUGCUUGUGACAAAGAUAUUUCUGAAGUUAACAGGAAGGGGCUGAAGAACGGGGACAGUUGCAUGAAAGAUAGACAGUUCAGUAUUUCUCAUUGAGUUUAGAGGAAAUGCCACCUGCCUGAUAGGCAAAGAGCGAUGAUUUGGAGAACAGAGAACAAUGAGGAGUUAUAACAAAAGAAAAAAUAUAUAUAUAUAAAUAUAUGUGUGUGUAUGUAAACAAAUUGAUAUUUGCAUUUAUUUAUAUAAUAAUGCAGAAAACAACAGCAGAUAAAUUCUUUUAGACUGUGUUUAAUCAUUAUAGAAUAGAGUUUUAACCUGGAAGUGAAAAUAAGUCACGGUGCCAGUUCUGAAUCACUUCGUGUUCUUCCCUGCAUUGUCUGUAUGGUACAGGAAAAAAUGAUCCCAUACAUUUAGUUUGGGUUUUCAUUCUGAUACGUGCAUCUAUGCAACAGCCUUUACAUUUAAGGAAAUAUACUCUGAAAUGACCAUUUUGAAUAGCAUUAGUAAUGGACAUAAAGUAAUAAAAUACCUUACUGUUGUACUGUCACAUCUAUUUCCAUGGAAAGAAAUUACUACUGACUAAAGAUCAUUGAUUAAAGCAGGUGUGUAUCUGUUUAUCCACCUGUUGGAUCAGGUUCAGUCAAUACGAGAGGUCCAGAGGGAGGAAAGCAAGCGCUUCAUGUUUGAGAUCAUCAUGACGAACGGAAAAAGAAAAAUGUUGGUGAGUCAGGGAUGUGGUUUUCAAGUUUGCCAGUUUACAUUUGCAGGCUCAGAUUGUUGCAGGGUCUGUCAAUCAUGCACCCUAACCUAUUAAUGUGUGUGGGCAUGUGCAGGCCGCUGAGACAGCAGCUCUCAGGCAAGAGUGGUUAGAUCAUCUCUGGCAAGCCAUGCAGCUGUCUACGUCAGGGUUCUCAGACUCCAGAAACACGCAGUGAGUAACAGGAUUUUCCUUUAAUGACAGAUCUGAACUUGGAUUUUCUUUAUCUACAUUUUGGUCUGCUGGAUUCUGACUCUUUGGAGGUUUUUAACUGAUUUUGUUUUAGCUCCUCCAGUCUUGAUGAGUAUUAUCGAGAUAGGAUGAAUAGCAUCGUCCCUGUCAGCACAAGUGAGAGUAUGAUGGAUUCUCUGCCUCCUCGGCCCCUCUCUGCACCACCAGUCCACAUCCACCAUGACAUCAGGAGCAUCACCCCCCCAGCCUGCCUCCCUGAGAACCCUGACAAUGAAGAGCCAACGUACCAAAAUUUUCAGCUAACCUGCAGCUUUCAGAAACAAACAGGUAAACAUUCAUUGGUUUUUAGAGUUGUAAAUAAUCUGAAUUGUGCUGCACCUUGCAUAAAGUCAACAUCUGUUUUCAGGUGACAGUCCCAGUCCUCAGUGGUCAGAUGGGACAAUGCAGCAAUUCAGCAAUGCAGGAGCAAAACCAGAAGGAGACUAUGACGUUUUACCAAUUAGAAAACGUAAGUAUAUCAUCUUAAUUUCUUGUAGUAUCAAACACAGCCUGAUAAAAGUUAAAUAUCCAAACUGGCCUGAGCAUGUAUUAUGCUUUGUCUCUUCAGCGGUGUGUGAAGUCAGCCGUGUAACUGAGACAGAGGAGAGUGUGUAUGAUGUUCCUACUUCCAGUAGACGGACUGAUGAGGAUACAGGUAAAGUUAAUCAUUAUUAUAACAGCAGUAGCUCUGUUGGAUCUACCUGAUAUUUAUGAAAUUAUUUUUUUCUUCCACAUUAAAUUUUACAGAAAACAUCUAUGAUGUCCCAAGCUCUUUACUGAGGAAGGUGUCUGAUUACUCUCCAGGUAAAUUCUCCUCAUGUAUCCUGUCAGCUCCUAAGUAGAACUACUUAGUUCAAUAAAACAAAGCAGUCUAUGCUAAAAAUACUGGACUUUUAUAAAGUAUGAACGCAGCUUCAAUGCAAGUACAAAUUAGAGGAAGAGACCGGAAGUCGUGCAGCUUUGGUUAACCAUAAAGCUUCUCUGAAAUUUCACCCUUUUACUGUGGUUUUUGUUGUUUUUACGGUUUCUAGGUCACGAUUGUACAACAGUUUGAUAAACUUUGGUUACUAGAUUAGACUGGAUAAGUUAUUGGUAGGAUAUGUUUGUCAUUUGAUAUAAGAACUACAACUCAAGUGUAAAAUCAGAGUAUCCUCAGCAGCUUGCUUACACUAGUUUCCAGUUGUUCCUAAAAUAUUUAAAUUAAGCUUUAAUGCUUUUUAAUUUCCUGCCCUAGACUAGUAAAAUCGUGAAGUCCUGUCCUGUAAUCGUGUGAAUAAAAGGUUUGCUGUUCGAGUGAGAGGUGACCAGAUGCAGCGCAAGAUGGCGGACCCAAAGAUAGAAAACCACAUUUACAAAACGCAAUAAGUUCCUCCGAUUGGCGGACCCAAAACAAUUACUUCCGGUGGAAAGGCUUUCUCGUUGGCGGACUUCCGGCGCCGAAAUACUUCAGGUAGUCGGAUUUAGUCGCCGGAUCCUUUUUUUUUUGCUCCGUUCAUUCCAUAAGAAUCGAAUUAAAUUUAUUAUUGAGCUAAAAAUCAAAAUAAAACGUUUAUGUAUUAAUUAUGACUACUGUUUUGUUCUGAUUUAAUUCUGAAGUUUACAGUAAUAUGUAUAUAUAGCCUGAUGUCCUCAUAUUCUGAUAAUUUGUCAGAAUAGGUAAAUGUAUGUAGAAGUUAUCAUCUUACUCAAAUUCUUUUGUAAGAGUUUGCUACAAGUAUGGACUGUUUUAACCUCUCGUUACACAUCAUAUAACAGUGUUUUCUAACUUUUCUCUCCAAUAGCUUUAUUACACAGCACAUCAAUGUUUCUUAACUUCUCUGUGACCUUGUUUCUCCACUCCUAUUAGGACCUCGUUUAAUGUCAACAAUGUUGCCCUGACCCUCACAUAUUUUCUGUUGUUCAUAAUUAUGUUUUAUGAGAGUGCUUAUGUUGCUGCACAAAUUUACUCCCCCCAUCCUUUAGUAACAUUGUGUAACCAGGGACAUAAUUUAUGAAAUGGUGUGCUUCCUGGUGAACCUCUUCAGGAUUGCUUGACUGUGCAAAAUCCAAGUAUACAAUAGUUGUAGAGACACAAGUCACAUGAUCUCUUUAAGGUUCAGAAGAGCCAUAUAGCAAAAACAAUUGAAUAGCGAUAUCAUUACAGACUGUGUAAAGAAAUGGGAAAUUGUCAUACAACUGCUUUGAAGAUUUCUUUAAUUUUUUCCAAACAAAAUUGUGAACAGUAAAAAAAAAUAUAUAUAUACAAAAUUCAGCACUGCCGUCGGUGUGGUGGGGGGCUUAAAACACGUUGCCACAGGCCAUCAUCAGCUCUGCUCUGAACCGGUUGAUGCCAUGCUCCUUCAGUGCUUUGAUCAAAAGCUGAAAAACAGUCAAAUAAUGUGAACAAUUGAAGUUAUGCAGUAUGGGUUAAUUGUUGUUCUUGAGCUUUCCAAAUGAAUAAGAACAACCUCUUAACAAUAUCAUCAUUUUUCAAAGCAAGCUAUAUAGUUUGAUCUACUCACCUCUGGGAGCAUGACGUCAAAAACGAAAUCAAGCAGAUGAAUCUCGCCUCUCUUUAUUUUUUUAGAAAUGUUUGUUGCCACCUCAAUGAACCGCAGGAGCUCGAACAUCUAUUGAAGAAAAACACAGAAAGUAAACACCUUUCAAAUGUAACACCCCUGAGAGUAAAAAUACUCAUGAUGGAUGGCAUUUUUACUUACGCGCUGCUCACUCCAACUUAGUGUCCUUAUCUUAAGAUGCUGCUUUAGUCGGAGUGAGGUGGCGGGAUUCCUCCAAAGGAACAUUCUGUUGGAGCGGAUCUUUCCAGACAGUAGAUCAUCGUGUAAUGUCUGAAACCAAAGAGCAAGAGACAAAAAUGUAAUCAUCUGAAAAAGAAACAGUGGCUUUAACAACUGAUAGUGCAUUCAAAAGCAACCUUGAUCUGUGUCUUAGAAAAGACAGCAUGAAUUCCUCAACUGUCAACAGCAUCCUUGAUCCUGCAGAGAAAUAAGAAAAGAGCAAGCCCUCAUUUUUUCAUCCUUUGAGCCUCGUAUUUUUGACUGAUACUAUGUUUCCUUGAUAAAUUAUGUUAUACCGAGGAUGCUCAAUGGAGUCCUCGCACCCGCAGUCAAACGGCUCCAUUUCAAUCCCAGCACAAUCCUGAUGCAGCCAGCCCCUGCACGUCUUGCACUGGACCCAUUUUAUGACGUUUACCUCAGGGUAAAGCAAUCUGAUCAAAUGAGAGACAAACAUAAUAUCAAACAAACACGCUGUCCAAUUGAUUAUACCUCUGCAGCACAUUUGAAUGUAUAAAUAAUUUUCCUGCAUGAUUCGUGCAUUUAAACUAUAUGUAAAAGUGGUCACUUCAUGGAAAAUCACUGAAUAGGCCCCGAUAAUUGCAUUUAUUAAAUUGAGUCUGCAACACACCUCUCUCCUGUGUUGUUCGAUGUCUGGUAGACACAGAAUUGCAUUGAAUCUGCCAUGCACAUUCUUUGGACAUCCGAUACCGUCUGCGUCAUGGUUUCCUUGACAAGGCAAUUUGAAAAGUAACAUCAAUUACCAAAUACAUCGAGACAAUGUUGAUCCAUACAACUGUGUGCAUUUUGAAGGACUCCCACUGAGAUAAUACUGUUUUUACAAGGCAAUUUCCUAACCUCUGUGUCCUGCUGCUCUGCCUUCCUCUUUAGACUGAAGACCGGAGUAUGCUUUCCAGCAAUGAGCUCUUGACAUUCUUUGGUCCAGUGGGCGAAGAUUUUCCCACAACUGUAAUGACAAUAUGUCUUUAAGUACAAUAUAUUGAUUGUCUUCCAGUUAAUUAGGACAUCUAGUUUACUUAAACUGUCUACCUGUUCAAAGAAUUGUUCUCCAGGAGCAACAGGCACCACCAUCGCCGCCAAACAGGCAUGUCAUGCUGAAAUUGUUGUUUGUAUUUCAUUUUAGUGCACAAUACAAAAUACAAUCUUGAGGAUGACACUGCGUGUUGAAAAGUACUUACAACUGAGUAGUCAAACUGUGACUCCAUAACGAUGUACAUGGCAGACUUUAAAAAAAAAUUAUGAGACAACAUGUGAGAUAACUUUAAAAAAGUCCAUGUUGGAAAGUUAUUCUAGAUACAAUAUUUGUGCAUUACAGCUCGUUAUGACCUACCAUCAACAUGAAUAUGCCACAGUCUGAGCCGAAGUCCUGGCUGGGGAAGCCCUGAUUUAACAAAAGCAAACGUUAAUCAUCUUGUCACAUACACUUUGUAGGAGCCAGAUUGGGGUUUUGCAGUUUAUUGUUAUGUAUUUUUUGUGCCAGCAGAUGGUGCUAUUGUGCCCGUCUAUUUAAUGGGUGGGUUGAUUAGGAGAGGUGCGCACAUAAAAUGAUGAAUGAGUAAAUAAAUCAAAACAACAGAAAAUGUGUGUGACAUGUGACAUUAUUCCACCUGCGGGCACGCAUCAACUCAAGCAAAAAGGUGUUCGCCACAAGUAACAGCAUUGGAAAGCUGUUAUACACUUUUCAACUGUAAUAUAGAGCAUGCACAAAUACCUCCAAAUCUCUGCCCGUUUUCUCAGUCCAUUGCCCAGGACAUAUCUUCUGCGCAAUGUUCCUGUUAAUUUGAGAGCGUCACUUAGAUUUCCCAUGAUGGAAACAAUGGAAUGCAGGGUUAGGGUUAGUUUGAGUGGUCGGAGGUGAGAUUGAAUGAAUGCGGACGGCUUGCUUCUUUUCAAACUUCCUGAGAGUUCUUCUUCUUCUGUAAAUUUUGCCGUCAGAAAGUGUAGGUACAUACCGCCACCUACUGUUCUGGCAUCGCAAAGCAGAAGUUCAAAGUUCAUGUUUUGGGUCCGCCAAUCGGAGGUAAUGCGGAAACUUAUUGCGUUUUGUAAAUGUGGUUUUUUAUCUUUGGGUCCGCCAUCUUGGCGCUGCAUCUGGGUACUCUUGGUUCGAGUGGUCAAUGAAACCUGUUCAGCAACGGCAUCACGGACGCCAAAAAAAUCAACCGUUAUUGUUGUUGAUAAAUCUACAGAUCGUAAAAUUAAAGAGUAAAAUCGACAUACUCAACACGACAACGUUAAUUAUCAUAAUUUUAUAUUGUAAUCGUUCAUGUUGGUUACAUGGCGAACGUUAAACUACGUCGUAUUAUCUGCGCUCCUGAAGACGUUUGCUAUUUAAGCUAGCUACACACUGUCAGUUACAUAUUAACGCACGGUAUUAAUGUGAAACUGGAUUCCACAGGCGGCGCCAUUUUUAAAACUUAAACAGUCACGUCCCAACUUUGGAAGAAGGUGUUUGUCGUCUUUGUCCGUCCCAGUCCUGUUCUCAAUGGGUUUUUAUUAACAUGUCUUUAAAAGUGGGGAUUUUUAUCCCUUUUAUCCCAAAAUAUCUGAUUUUAUUAACACCCUUUUCCUUUUUUUGUGGUUGCAGAGGAGCAGCUGUCAGCAGAAGCUUACUGGAGGAUAUGAAGUCAAGUCAGUCUCUUCUUAUGAGUUUUUUUUUUUUUACUGUUUAAUAUCAGCAUAUUUAAGCUUAACUCUCUCUCAGGUGUACAAAAAAAAAAAUUACAGUGUGAUAUUGUUGUUACCGUUGCUCUGCUUCGGUGUUAGGAACAUUAUUUAUGACCACAAGAGGCAGAUUUUAUUUUAGUAUUUAUUUUAGCUCCUCUUUUUGCACAACAAAGAACCACAUAGACAUUUAUUAUUAGAGGACGUUCAUGUUAGAGAACACUGUACAGAAAUGACUACAUUAUACAGACAGGGUCACAUUAUGUUUCACAGGAAUAAAUGCCUUAUUAAAUGUCACCUCCUCCACAGCUUUCAGGUAUACACCGCCAACAUUAAUAUUGCUACGUUAACACACUUUGGGUAUAGGUAAAGUCAGUUCUGUAACCUUCUCUAAGCUGCAGAUGUGAAAGAACAUUAAAACUCAUGCUAAUAUUCUCUGUGAGCCCUCGCUGCCUAUAUUUGAACAUGUAUUUAGAUCAUGUCUGUGUGUGUCAUAACUGCAGGAAUUGUGAUCAUAGUGGUAGAAAUGAGCAAGAUACUCUGUGUUUUUUUGGAGCUGGUGAAUGCUGGUAAGAUUUUUGCAAACAAAAAUUACACCUUAAAACUACACCACUGCAUCACAAUCACAUUAGAUAUCACCCAGUAGACAACUGUACAUUUCUCAUUCAUGAGAAAAAAACCCACAACAGAGCACAUGUUCAUUUGAAAUAUUAACAGCACAGCGUAUGUAACAAGCAUUAAAGUGAUUUGUGCAUUCUUAAUAUGUUCCAUCUCAAAAGAAUAAGUACAACAAAAUAUGAUACAAAACAAUUAAGA